CACAGCUGAACCAUUUGUCAUUGUGGUGCCUUUGUAAAUGGUGACCGCUAUGACAUAUUAAUCUAAUACAGGAAAUCUCAAAAUCUUUUCACAGCAAUAGGCACUGGAAAUCCCCAACUGAGGCAGCCCAAACGGGGAGCCCCGCGUUAUACAAGGUGUUGAUCCACAGGUAAGGACUCCCUGCUGGCAUCACUAACACCUCUUCCAGCAGCAACCAUAGUCUUCCUAGGACCAGGAGCUCUCCCAUCCAGGAAACAGUGGCGAGAGAGUGUCUGUCUCUCGGUCGCCGCCUGUCGGUGUGUUUGAGCAGCACAGUGCCCGCUGAUGCUCUGAUGACAGACAGAUUGGAGAUACAGAAGAGAGAGCUGCGCUGUGAUUGGCCGCUGCCCGUCCCUGUUUUCUCCUGUAGUUUUCGCGGACUACAAAAUGACAAUAAGAUCGGACCGAGACCAUGGACAACAUUAUCGGCCACGGAUGGUCUGCCUUAAAAAGGUGGAGGCCAUAGUGGUUCAGAUGCAGGACCCAUCGACUGGAGUGAAGGGAUCAGACCAGAAGCUAAAUGUUACAUCCAUUCCCCAUGCGUUAGCUGGUCAGGACAUUGUUGCAUGGAUCUCCAAACAUAUGAACAUGGACAAUGAUGAGGCUCAAGCAUUUGGCACAAUGUUGGUGGCCUUCGGGUACAUCUACCCUCUGCAGGACCACAAAAAGCUUAUCCUCAAACCAGAUGGCAGUUUGUACCGCUUUCAGACCCCCUAUUUCUGGCCUGUGCAAAAAGGGAAAGCUGAGGACACCGAUUACGCAAUCUAUCUGGCAAAGAGAAACAUUCGAAAAAAGGGAGUGCUUGAUGCUUAUGAACAGGAGGAAUACAACAAACUCCACAAAUGGAUGAACCACAAAUGGGAUUUUAUCGUGAUGCAAGCUAAAGAGCAGUACCAGGCUGGGAAGCUGCGUCAGAAGGCAGACAGAGUUGUGUUUGACUGUCAGGAGAGAGCCUACUGGAUUGUCCACAGGCCUCCACCACAAACACACAGCGCUAUGGAUGUCCUGGAUCGUCAUAUUGACCCUAAUACAGAGGAGAAAAAAACCUAUGAUUAUUAUAGAAGAAUCAUCAUCUACACACAACAGGCCGUCAUGAGGUCAAGGGUCAAGUCUACAGUAUCUCUUGGAGCCCUGGUCAAGUAUAUGACAACAUUUAAGAAUCACGACCCGUUCCUCACGCCCUGCCUUCCUAGCAAUCCCUGGCAAACUGAUGAUGACACUUACUGGGAGCUGAACAUGGCAGAUGUUGAAGUUCCCACAAAGAUGAGAGUGGAGCGCUGGUCCUUUAGCUUCUACGAGUUGCUUAAUGACCCACGGGGCCGUGCAGACUUCAAGAUUUUCCUAAAGAAGGAAUUCAGUGGUGAGAAUCUGGCUUUCUGGGAAGCCGCUGAGGAGUUGAGAUGGGGCACAGCAGCUUCUAUGUCAGAGAAAGCAGAACAAGUUUUCAAAACCUUUUUGGCCCCAGGAGCACCACGCUGGAUCAAUAUUGAUGGCAGGACAAUGGGUCUUACAGUAAAAGGCCUGGAGCAUCCUCACCGAUACGUACUGGAUGCUGCCCAGACCCACAUCUUCAUGCUGAUGAAAAAGGAUACCUUUUAUCGCUACCUGAAGUCACCAGUUUACAAGGAAAUACAGAAAAAGGCCAUUUCACCAGUACCACACAAUUUCUCUGAUGCCCAGCUGCAGGAAAACACUAGGAACCGCAGGCCGAGCAUCAGCCCCAUCAUCACCUAUCAGAAGGAGCAGGAAGAGAAAGCAAAGGCAGCUGCCGCAGCUGGACCCGUAGACAUUAAAAAAUUGAUGGCCAGCAAACUAGAUCGCAAAUAGAAAGAGAUAAAGAUAUGUGCUGGAAAUGCUUUACUUAAUCAUCUGACCAAUAAAAAGAGACCCAUAAAAUGUUUCAAGAUUUUUUGGGGUGCUCUACAUGUACAUAUCAAUACAAAGUCUCACAUAGAGCUAAACUUUGCUGUACAUAGAAUUGCUACCAAAUAUAUAAAAAUAACAGUAAAACAUUGACAGCUGUGUACAUAUCACUGCCGAAUAGCUAGUUCCAAUCAUUUGUAUUGCUACAUCCAAAUGAUAUUUUUGUAGCUGGCUAAAUUCUGUAACAAAAUGUCAUAUGCUUGGGUUAAAUUAUACAUGUGGAUGACUGAUGUGAAAUUAGCUGCUUUUUCAGAUCACAUUUAUUUCCAUGGAGUGAUUGUUAAUCCAACACAAAGAUUGCAUUACCUUCAAUCUCUGAUCACCUGUAUAGCAGUUUCCCAUUAUAGUGUGAACAUGUUUUGUAUGUGUGCAGUAGUCAUCUGUAUCUCUUACUGUAAAACAAUAAAAGACAGAAUGUUCA